AUGGCCUCUGACCACCUAUUCGUCCUCCCGGGCGAGACAAUCGACCCGGCGCUUGUCCCCACGCACAAGAAGCACCCCCUCCGCCUGGGCCCAGGGCUGCGACACAUCCCGCCGUCCGACAUCGUGCCGACCGUCGCCGGCCAGCUGAUCACCAACCCGCUCAAGAACUCCAUGUGGGUAGAGUUCAAUUCCCAGCGGUACAUCCCAACAACAGGCGACCUGGUACUAGCCACCGUGACCCGCAACGCGCCAGAAGCAUACCUGUGCUCGCUGUCCGCCUACACCCCGGCCGCGACGCUGCCGCACCUGGCCUUCGAGGGCGCGACCAAGAAGACGCGGCCGCAGCUGGCGCCGGGCCAGCUGGUGUACGCGCGCGUGGCGCUGGCGCACCGGCACAUGGACCCGGAGCUGGAGUGUGUCAGCGCGGCGACGGGCCGGGCCGACGGGCUGGGCCCCAUUGCCGCGGGGAACGGGUGCGUGUUCGACGUCUCGCUGGGGUUUGCGCGGCGGCUGUUGAUGGCGCGGAGUCGUGAGGAUGGUGGGGUCGGCGUGCUGGAGAUGCUGGCGGGCCAAGACCCGGAGGUGGUGGUGGGAGGGGCAGGGGGUGGGGGAGGGUUGGCGUUUGAGACGGCGGUGGGGAGGAAUGGGAAGGUGUGGGUGGGCAGUGAGAGCGCGAAGACGGUGGUGUUGGUUGGGAGGGCGCUGCAGGAGACGGAUCGGGCGCGGUUGGGGCUGGAGGGGCAGAGGAGAUUGGUCAAGAGGUUGCUGAGGGAGAUGAGGUAA